AUGGCGGACAACAAGGCGAAAUACCGGACUGAAAUCCAGCAGAUGAUGUUUGUUUCAGGUGAAACGGGAGAUAUUUCCAUCGAAACGACCAGCAUGAUUGAGAGUAUUGUGCAGCAACAGGUGAUGGAAAUGCUCAGGCGGGCAACGGAACUCGCAGCUCGCCGCGGCGUUCGUACCAUCAGCACUGACGAUCUCAUUUUUCUCAUUCGCCACGACAAAGCCAAGGUGUCACGACUUCGCACAUUCCUGUCGUGGAAAGAUGUAAGGAAGUCGGCCAAGGAUAGCGAUGACAAGGGAGGCGGUGGAGCGGACGCGGGAGGUGUGGACGAGUUCGACCUCGCGGGCAAUGACCCAGGCUUAGGCGUUGGUCCAUCGGUCGGCACUCGCAACAAUAAGAACAAAAAGGCCAAAGUCGGACUGCCGUGGGAUGUGAGCAGCUUCUACAGCGAACAAGUUCCCGAGCGCGAAGACGAAGAAGACGAGGAAGAAGAGGAAAUGAAUGCGGCGACAUUGCAACGUCUGAAGCAAGCCGACGAGCGCACCAAAGGCAUGAAUGCGGAAGAGUACCUCCAUUUCUCCGAAUGUCGGCAAGCGUCGUUCACAUUCCGAAAAGGCAAGCGAUUCCGGGAGUGGGCUGGGUUUGGUGUGGUGACUGAUAGCAAGCCGAACGACGAUAUCGUUGAUAUUCUCGGGUUCUUGACAUAUGAGAUCGUCACUUUGCUCACGGAGGAAGCUCUCAAAGUGAAAGCGGCCGAAGACGCUCUCAAGCGCGAGAGUGGUGGCGAUGAGGAGAAGCGAGGGCGGAAGCGAAGACGGGAGCCUGGCCUCUUCGAUCCACCGGAGGAGGCGAGGACUCCUGUGGGCCCCAAGCAUAUCCAAGAGGCGUUCAGAAGAUUACAGAAGCCCGAGGCGAAGGCGAGGUACAUGCAUCACAUACCCAAAGGCACUUGGCAGAGACCACUGAAAUUGAUCUGA